UUUCCUGCGGCCCAAAAUGGCCACUCCACGGGACACCUGUGGCCACGUGACCCGCCGCCCUCUUCAUCUUAGACCUCUUUCCGCCUAACUCCAGCGUCGGAGAAGCAAGAGCUAAGUAAACCGGAGAAGUCCCGGAAACUAAGGGAAAAGGCGGCGCGCUGGAGAGAAAGGAAGGACGAAGUAUAUAAACAAAGGCCGCAGGGAGCAACCAGGGGCCAAGAGGCCUACAGUCCAUUUUCAGGCCUCACUGCUAGAGGACAGAGUUCUCGCGAGAUCUGGAGAACUCCCAAGACCAGGGUAUCCGCGGAGCCCAAGGGAAGCCAAGACCACGAGAACCGGGCGCAGCCAUCGAUGUCCUGGGCUCCAGGCGCCUCGGACCUCUACCUCCAUUAUGAACUCAACCGUGUGCUGUCCUGUCGCCGUCUGUCUGCGAGGGCGCCGGGUAUGCUGACCGAGUCGUCUCCCAUGGCGCGUUAGGCCCGACCAGGAAGUCUCGCGAGAUUACCCAUCAGCGCGCAGCCGCAGGGGGCCGGGAGCCAUAGCGUUAGCUGGAGCAGGACCCGGAGAGCGACAGGAGCCUUCGAGGCGCCGGCUGCUGUCUCAGGGAACUAGCCUGCCCACCAGGUACACCGUGCUGUUCUCCUCCUUCGCGAGGACCUCGACCCCAGUUCUCCGUACUCUUCAGGUAUGAGUCAUGUGGCAGAGGAAGAUGAGCUCGGGCUGGACCAGCAGUUGGCUGGCCUAGACCUGAACUCUCCCGAAGGCCAGAGCGGAGGAGGAGGAGCAGGGGGAGGAGGGGGAGGGAGCACAGCCAGCAAAGGGCGCUACAUCCCUCCUCACCUGCGGAACCGGGAAGCCACGAAAGCUUCCUACGACAAGGACAGCUCACGGUGGAGUAAAGACAAGGAUGCCUACAGCAGCUUCGGGUCCCGCAGCGACGCCAGAGCCAAGUCGGGUUUCUUCGGGGAGCGCGGAAGCGGAUCCAGGGGCAGGUUUGAGGAUCGCGGGCGGAGUGACUAUGAGUGCGUUGGUGGCGGUGGUGGCCGUGGAGCAGGUAGAAGCGGCUUUAGCAAAUUUGAACGGGGCGGGAACAGUCGCUGGUGUGACAAGUCUGACGAAGAUGACUGGUCUAAACCACUCCCGCCAAGUGAACGCUUGGAGCAGGAACUCUUUUCUGGAGGCAAUACUGGGAUUAACUUUGAGAAGUAUGAUGACAUUCCGGUGGAGGCGACAGGGAACAACUGCCCUCCACAUAUCGAAAGUUUCAGCGAUGUUGAGAUGGGAGAAAUUAUUAUGGGAAACAUCGAGCUCACUCGUUAUACCCGCCCAACUCCCGUGCAAAAGCAUGCUAUUCCUAUUAUCAAGGAGAAAAGAGACUUGAUGGCAUGUGCGCAGACAGGGUCCGGGAAAACGGCCGCUUUUCUUUUACCCAUCUUGAGUCAGAUCUAUACUGAUGGUCCAGGCGAGGCUCUGAGGGCCGUGAAGGAGAAUGGGAAGUAUGGGCGUCGCAAACAGUAUCCAAUCUCCUUGGUCCUGGCUCCAACCAGAGAAUUGGCUGUGCAGAUCUAUGAGGAGGCCAGGAAGUUCUCCUACCGCUCUCGAGUUCGUCCUUGUGUGGUGUAUGGUGGCGCUGAUAUUGGUCAGCAGAUUCGAGACUUGGAACGUGGAUGUCACUUGUUAGUAGCCACUCCAGGACGGCUAGUGGAUAUGAUGGAGAGAGGAAAGAUCGGACUAGAUUUCUGCAAAUACUUAGUGUUAGAUGAAGCGGAUCGGAUGUUGGACAUGGGCUUUGAGCCUCAGAUACGAAGAAUAGUUGAGCAAGACACCAUGCCUCCAAAAGGUGUCCGCCAUACCAUGAUGUUUAGUGCUACUUUCCCUAAGGAAAUUCAGAUGCUGGCUCGUGAUUUCUUGGAUGAAUAUAUCUUUUUGGCCGUAGGAAGAGUCGGGUCUACUUCUGAGAACAUCACACAGAAAGUCGUGUGGGUGGAAGAAGCAGACAAGCGGUCAUUUCUGCUUGACCUCCUGAAUGCAACAGGGAAGGAUUCCCUGAUAUUGGUGUUUGUGGAGACCAAAAAGGGUGCAGAUUCUCUGGAGGAUUUCUUAUACCAUGAAGGAUAUGCUUGUACCAGUAUCCAUGGAGACCGAUCUCAGCGAGAUCGGGAAGAGGCCCUUCACCAGUUCAGGUCAGGAAAGAGUCCUAUUCUUGUGGCUACAGCAGUAGCAGCAAGAGGACUGGAUAUAUCCAACGUGAAACACGUCAUCAAUUUUGACUUGCCUAGUGACAUCGAAGAAUAUGUGCAUCGCAUUGGCCGUACGGGUCGUGUUGGAAACCUUGGCCUUGCCACCUCAUUCUUCAAUGAGAGGAACAUAAAUAUCACCAAAGAUUUAUUGGAUCUUCUUGUUGAAGCAAAGCAAGAAGUGCCGUCUUGGCUAGAAAACAUGGCUUUUGAACACCAUUACAAGGGUGGCAGUCGUGGGCGGUCUAAGAGCAGAUUUAGUGGAGGCUUUGGUGCCAGAGACUAUCGACAAAGUAGCGGCGCCAGCAGUUCCAGCUUCAGCAGCAGCCGCGCUAGCAACAGCCGCAGUGGUGGAGGCAGUCACAGCAGCAGCAGAGGAUUUGGUGGAGGUAGUUACGGAGGCUUUUACAACAGUGAUGGCUAUGGAGGAAAUUAUAGCUCCCAGGGUGUUGACUGGUGGGGUAACUGAGCCUGCCUUGCCAUAAGUCACUCUACCAAAAAAUACAGAACCACAUGCAGUUUAGCCAGACUAUACAUUGUAUAGUUUCAAGAACUCACAGCACAUUGCCUCCUGUGAUUCCUCACUGGAAACUUUUCAGGGAGCUAAAAGUCACAAGAAAAGGUGAAAGGAACAAUCCAGAAGCCCCAUUCAGAAGGCAGCUUGAAGACCUGAUUGUUGGAGUUUGGAUUAACUCUCAUCUUACUCUGUGUUUGUGACUUCAUGACUCAGGAUCAUUUGUUUGUUAAUGUACUGUACCUUUAACUUUAGACAACUAUUAUUCUGAUGUCCCGUUGGCUCAGUAAUGCUUAAGAUACCAAAUUGUUUUAACAAAAUAAAAUUUCUGAACUUGGGCUAAGAAAACAAAGGAAAGGGACAGGUGUUUGUUAUGGGAAUGGGACUGUCCUCGGCAGUGCUCAUUAGGUACUCCUAAGGAAGGCAGGGAUGGGGCCCAGGAUGAAGGGUGGCAUUUUGGAAAUGUAUAAAUUACAGCCCAGUGGUUCAGGAGCAGUUACAGUUGAAAUAUCUGUUUAAGUGUACAAUUCUGGUUGCUAAACUUAGCACGACCAGGAAAAGCAAUAUUGUUUUCCCUUUCCUGUGUACUUUAAAUACUCCUUUGUUAGUCAUCUCAGUGAUGUGUAGUGGCAGCCUUUGGGUCACUGGUCAGCAUUCAUGCUUAGUGCCAUGAUGUAGAGGAUAUGAACAGCUCUGAAUAAAUGGUAGCAGGAAACCAUAGAAGAAAUGGUCUAUAUUCUUAGAUUCAAGCAGGUUUUGAAAAGCCAUGAAUAUUGAGUAAUAAGAGAAUCACUUUGCCUUAUGAUAGGAGGUGUGAAGACAAGAAUGGGAUAUUUGAUAUUAAAGAACACAGAGAAAUAGUUCCUCAGUUUGAGCAGGCAUUUAUGGAAUGUGUAAUGAUGGACCAGCAAACAAAUGCAUGCCUGUUCUCAUUUCUACCCAUUUGUUGUAGAACUUCAUCAAUAAACCACUACAUCUCACGUGG